CGUCGCUAGUAAUUUUGCCAUUGGCUUCAAUCGGGAGUUUUUCCUCUUUCCAACAACAUGCAUGUACAAUUCAAGAUCAAAUUUCCUGAUGUGUCCUGGUUGCUCAGCUUCAGGGACGUGCUCGUAUUCCAUCAAGCUGGAUGCCCAGACAUUGUUCCUAUGUGUCACAAGUCAGAAGAUUGAGGUGUCAAUUUACAACGAUUACGAUAGAAAUGUUGGGCGGGGAUCUGGGGAGUCUGCAGCUUUUGUAGCAUCUCGCAGUGACUUUCAGCAAGGAAUCACUGUCAUUGGGCGAUGCGUGGAUUUUUGUGCAGUUGGGGUUCAGAUAUAUGAUACAAGUUGCUCAUAUCAAGUGAAUCAGGUGAAUGUUAUGGGUUCAAACAACAUCUCUCGUACUUUCCAGGUUGGUGAAACCUUAAGCCCGAACCAAGUCAUCUUCCUAAGGAACUAUGCUUCAGUAUACAGAACUCAGUGUGGUCGGCCUAAUCCAUACCCCAUCAUGAUUGGUGGAACAACUGUACUCGUUCCAAGGGCCUGUGAAACUAACUUUACUGCUACACCAACUAGAAUCACAUGUCCAUGCUAAGGAAACUUAAGCAUGGAAAUAAUAAAAAUAAUGGGGGCCAGUCCUACGAAGACAGUCAGACCUGAAUUUCAGAAUAAUGUUGAGUAUUUAGGUCCUCCUAGUGUGCCAUGUGGAGUGGACACAUCAGCUAGUUAAGAGUUGUGACCUUUCGUUAAUUGCUGAAUAUACUUAUUAUAAUGCA